ACUUUCGAGGUGGCGCUUGUCAAGCCAAGAAGCUAGGUCGUUAGCAAUCAGUUGAGUGCAAUCAGAGUUACAGACAGCAAUAUCUAGCGACACGACUGUGCUCGACAUUGUUUUCUGACGGCAUAUCUGAAAGGGCGGAGUGGAGAUGGCUGCUGGUUUGUGGUAUUGCAGAUGUGUAGUCGCUCUCACCUGAUAAAGACUUGUGCUAACGUUAGCUUGUUAGCAAUCCUGGUUGUUUACUACACCGCUGUGACUCUGCAGGACAUCCCAAAGUACAUUCAGCCGAAUUAAGAAGAAGCACACGUUUACAAGAUGUUCCUGGUGGGACUGACGGGAGGUAUUUCCUCAGGGAAAAGUGCAGUGUCUACGAUGCUGCGGGAGCUCGGGUGUCCCAUUAUUGACGCUGAUGUUGUAGCAAGGAAAGUUGUGGAGCAGCACACUCCGGCCUAUUCCCGCAUCGUUUACCACUUUGGACCGGAGAUCCUCCUCGAGAAUGGCGAGAUCGACCGGCAGAAGCUCGGUCAGCUCAUCUUCGCCGACGAGGAGAAGAGGAAGCUGCUGAACUCCAUCACCCACCCGGAGAUCCAUAAAGCGAUGCUCAAAGAGAUCCUGUUGUACUUUCUCAGAGGAUACCGCUACGUCGUGCUGGAUGUGCCCCUUCUGUUCGAAACAAGACGUCUCACUAAGUUUCUCAACCACACUGUAGUAGUCUACUGUGACCCUGCCACUCAGCUGCUGCGCCUGAUGCAGAGGGACGGCCUGACACAGGAGCAUGCGGAGCAGCGUGUUGCCGCACAGAUGCCGCUCAAUGAAAAGCGCGGCCUGGCCAAUCACGUUGUGGAGAACUCCGGCAGCCGAGAGGACACCCACAGGCAGGUCCUGCGACUGCACACACGGCUGGAGGACUCCAUGGACUUCCUCUUAGUGAGGGUCAUCGCUAUCGCUGCCACUACUAGUCUGGGUGGGAUUCUGCUUUAUGCAACCAAGAUACUUAUGUCCUAACAGAGGACAGACGCGGGGAACAAUAAGUGGGGGAGUGAGUAGAAACAGGCGAAGGCACACCGGGGGGGUCCCGAUUCAAUUUACUGUGAGAUUAGUUUCCCAGCACCCACCACUACAGUUCAGUGGUGUGACAUGCUCUGUUUGCUCCUAACACCGACUUACAUUAUUGACACAACAUGCACUGACAAAUGUGGUUUAGUGGGAAGGGUUUGAAUGUGCAAUUUCUUUCGGUUUCACUCAGAAACAUUACAAACAUGAAGGUGAUACCUUAGAGUUGCUGCACAAUGCAGUAACGUUUAUUUUAAGUUUUAAGGGCCUCAACAGUGAUCCCAGUUUGGGGCAAAAAACUAGCUAAACUUUUUUUUUUUUUUUGGUCAUCAUCAGCAAUAUCAGGCAAAUGACUCGAUCUAGUAUAUAUGAGAUUUUAUUUGAUUGUAUUUUAUACCCUAUGAUGAUAUCCAAAUAAGACAUUUUGGUUGAUAGUAUACAUUAUGAAUAAAACAAAAUGAAGAGCAGAAAAAAGUAAACAGCUGCACAUUCUUAAAACCGUUUAUUUGCAGUUUAAGACCUCGAUUUUUAGCACAAAUGCCAGCCCUGUCCCCAAUGAUAAAUGUGCAAAAUUAUUGGAUGGACUACAAUACCCAACAUGAAUGAGCUGAUAUUUACAUAAUAUGUAAUAUGAUUGCAUGUUGAUGAUAUGUAUAAUUAAGAUGUCACGGGAUGUAUUUGACAAUCCAUUUGUAAUGGGAACAGAAUCAACAGACUUUAUAAAUAUAUACUGUAACACUGUAUUUUCUUACACUUGAAGCGGCUCUCUGUAAAUACUAAGUCUGUGAUUUUAUUUUCUGUAAGCACUCACUUGUCACUAUACACAACAUUUGUAGAAGCUGUUUGAAUGAAUUAUAAAAGCGCCACUGUUUUAAAAAAUAACAACUGUCA